UUGGGAAAGUACAUAUCUGGGAGCAGCAGGAGGCUCCGCGCUCGCACUCGGGAUCGGCCGCCUCACCACGCUGGUGCUCGCCUCUCCGCUCCCGCCGCAGCCCAAGGGCCCCUAGCCGCCGCCACCAUGGACGCCAUCAAGAAGAAGAUGCAGAUGCUGAAGCUCGACAAGGAGAACGCCUUGGAUCGAGCAGAGCAGGCAGAGGCCGACAAGAAGGCGGCGGAAGACAGGAGCAAACAGCUGGAAGAUGAGCUGGUGUCGCUGCAAAAGAAACUCAAGGGCACGGAAGAUGAACUGGACAAAUACUCCGAGGCUCUCAAAGAUGCCCAGGAGAAACUGGAGCUGGCGGAAAAAAAAGUGACUGAUGCUGAAGCUGAUGUAGCUUCUCUGAACAGACGCAUCCAGCUGGUUGAGGAAGAGUUGGAUCGUGCUCAGGAGCGUCUGGCAACAGCUUUGCAGAAACUGGAGGAGGCUGAAAAGGCAGCAGAUGAAAGCGAGAGAGGCAUGAAAGUCAUUGAAAGUAGAGCCCAAAAGGAUGAAGAAAAAAUGGAAAUUCAGGAGAUCCAACUGAAAGAGGCCAAGCACAUUGCUGAAGAUGCCGACCGCAAGUAUGAAGAGGUGGCCCGUAAGCUGGUCAUCAUUGAAAGUGACCUGGAACGUGCAGAGGAGCGGGCUGAGCUCUCAGAAGGCAAAUGUGCCGAGCUUGAAGAAGAAUUGAAAACUGUGACAAACAACUUGAAGUCACUGGAGGCUCAGGCUGAGAAGUACUCGCAGAAGGAAGACAAAUAUGAGGAAGAGAUCAAGGUUCUUUCUGACAAACUGAAGGAGGCUGAGACUCGGGCUGAGUUUGCGGAGAGGUCAGUAACUAAAUUGGAGAAAAGUAUUGAUGACUUAGAAGAGAAAGUGGCUCAUGCCAAAGAAGAAAACCUUAGUAUGCAUCAGAUGCUGGAUCAGACUUUACUGGAGUUAAACAACAUGUGAAAACCUCCUUAGCUGCGGCCACAUUCUUUCAUUUUGUUUUUGUUGUUUUGUUUUAAACACCUGCUUACCAUGAUACCCCUGAAAUGCAUUUUUAUUUACUUUUACCACUGUCACAGAAACAUCCACAAAACACCAGCUAGGGCAGGAGGUGGGAAAAACACACCAAAAAAGGCAAGCCCACAUCAGGACAUCGUUGGUUUAAAUGUGCCAUUUCCCAGGACGACAUUGCCACACUUUAUAUGUAGAGUUUAGCCACACAGUUUGCUUAGUCAGUGUAAGACUCCUCACGGAAGCAGAAAGAUUUCCACUCUAAGUGCCAACAAAUAGGGGCAACAGGAAGAUGGAUAUUGGAGACAAUCAGUUGUGAAUUGGUGCUACUUUAAACAAAAGGUCCCCUGUGGUCUUUGUUCAAUAUUGUACAAUUUAGAAUUCUGUCCAACACUAAUUUAUUUUGUCUUGAGUUUUACUACAAGAUGAGACUAUGGGUCCAGUAUGCCUGUAUUCACUAAAGCCGAGGAUUUGAAAGCCACACUGCUCUUUCAAGGCUUCCAUUCCUUUCUGAUUGGCACACUUGCAGCCCCUUAACAACUCUGUAGGAUAGCAUUCAAUAUGGAUUUCCACUCUCCCAUUGUCCAUGUUAAAGUGAAAGAUUUAGGCACUACAUACAAUUGGUCAAGAAAAAAACAUUUUCUUAAGAGUUAUAACUAUAUGUAAACAUUGUAUAAUGAUA